AUGGCCGGUGAAAAGUUUCAGGUUGCGAACUAUUUAGAGCGUUCUCUACUGCCUCUGAGAUUCCUCUGCUAUACACAAAAUGAUAUGCUUGCAAUGCCUGAUCCAAUUCCGAAUUUCAAUCAGUGUAUUAAAAAAUAUUUUCCUCAACAAAAAAUUCCUCGUCAAUGUCAUUUUAUGAAAGUAACCACUUUGAUUAAUCCAGAUAAACGAACAAUCAAAAAUAAAGUAACUGUUGUACGAAGUGCACCAUCAUCUAAUGAUUACCGCCAUUUCAUUCGACAAACGUGGGGUUCGACAUUGCAAAAUGACAUUCCUGUAAUUUUCGUUUUGGGCACAACUCCUGAAAUCGACGUCCGUAGUGAAGCUGCUAUUUAUCAUGACAUUCUUCAGUUUGAUUUUAACGAUUCGUAUUAUAAUUUAACUCUUAAAAUGGUUUCAAUCUAUAACUAUUUUUUAAAAGAAUACCCAUCUGUCGAUAAUAUUAUUGUACUUAAUGAUGAUACAAUUGUUAAUUCAACGGCAAUUAAAAUGGUAACUUUUUCUAUAAAUGGCAGCUUAUCGAUAAUUGGUAAAGUGUCACGAGGAUAUCCACGAUUAUUUCUAAAUUGGCUUCCAUGGUAUAUAUCAUCAGAAAUGUAUCCAAAUAUGUGUUAUCCACCAUUUAUUCAGGGCUCGAGUUUUAUAAUAGGACGUCGAGCCGCGGAACGAAUAUUGGAUCAAAUAUGCAAUUUUCCGCUAUUUCAUCUAGAUGAUGUAUUUACCGGAAUUUUGGCUCAUUGUUUGGGUAUCAAACUAGAACAUGCGAUUGGAUUUGAUCAACCGACCAUUGAUUCUUUUAUUGUUUUUCAUUAUCAGUGGUCUAGAUAUUCGACUCAAAAAUUAUCAUCUCUAUGGAAUUUAGUGAAGUAUCAAAUUUGA